CCAUGGCGAGAAAGCGAGCUACAGUCUUGACGACGCUUACACCUCGGCCUCGCACUGCUUCAGGAAUUUGGGAGAAAGAAACGGGACAGAAGGGCGAAGAAGUAGUUCCUGUGACGCAAAAAGACGAUGGAGAUCAUGAUCCUUUACGCACUGUCACAGUCAAUACGUCGGCCACCGCUGGGCGAACCACCAACUCUACCGUACUUCGUCAAAGUCCCUGUGCUCCCACGUUGGGCGCACUGCCACCCAGUCUAGCUUGUACGCCUACAGUAACUCAAGACUGGAAUUCUGUUUCGGUAUACAAUUCGACUUUGCCGAAAUCUUCCGUUGCCCGCAAAGAAUUCUUGGCGCAAAGAUCCUUAGUGACCGUCACUCCCCGUCUACGCAGCACCAUCAAUCAAAAACGACCACUGGAGAAAAUCACCAGAAGCACUUUGGACUCCAUUCCACCACCACCGAAGAUGUCUGAGAAAGAGAAACAGAAAGGAAAACAAUCUGGGUUCCAAAUACGGAAUGAAACCACACGUGCCAGAGAAGAUGACAAACAUUACCCAGCAUGGGAAGCCCUCCUUUCCAAAAGACAACACUGCAGUCCACAAGCGCAGUCACAGAGCUCUGCUUUUCUGUCUCAGCAGCAACAGCGUCGGGAAGCCGAUAAAAAGGUUCUCAAACGUAUUGCCAGUAUCGUUCAAGAACUGUCACAGACUGAUCCAUUUGACACUUCACCAACAAAAGUUGCCACUGUCGUCCAGCAGCUUGCUCUUUUACGGAAAUUGGCCGACCAGGAUGAGAACUACCAACGGAACUGUGACUACAUGGCUCGUUGCGGCGGCCUGUCUAUGCUUGUAACUUUGCUGCGGAAAAGUCAUCAGGUGUCGGGGUGCGACGUCAUCGUUGCAUCUUUAUUACAGUGUAUAUGGGCUCUUGCCUCGGACGACGACUCAAAUUGUGGAGUCUUUCGUAUUCUUGGCGUUAUUUCCGCAGUAGUCGAAACAAUGUGGAUUUAUGCCUCCAACGCCUCUGUCUUAAUCAAUGCGUGUGGGACUCUCGACGCUCUACUGGUGGAUGGGGACACAGACGCAUACCAGGAAUACAUCCAUGCCCGAGGCGUGGAAAUUGUAGUGCUCUCCCUCAAUCGACUGGCAUCGGAAGACAGCCAGUCGUGUCGUUUGACCAAAUGGGGGGCCUCUCUGUUGCGCCGCCUGCUAGGAAGCGCUACCGUAGUAGACACGGCUACGGUCGAAGUCGUGCAUGUUGUACUGCAGCGCUUGUCACGAGGAGAGAAACCCAAAACCUGGGUGGAACGACGUCUCGGCUCGCGCGAGCAUAAGUAA